AUGACUCCUUUUCAAUUCAUCAUUUUCGUUCUCCUUUUAUUGCAGAUGAUUGAGCCAAAAAAAGCAAAACUUGUCGAAGCGAAACUCGUGUACGACAAGCAAAUUGAAAUAAUCUUUCAAAAGCAGCUUGAGCUUGCAAAGUUGGAGGAUCAGCUAUUGGGACUGCGAGAACAGAUGGAUAUAAAAAUGAUCGAUUAUGACCGUUGUAAGGAGAAGUUUCGACUCACUGAGGUUAAACUUGAGCGCGCAGAAUCGCUUAUACAAGGAUUGGAAGAAGAGACGGUCCGAUGGCAAGAAGAGUUGGAGCAACUACAAAACAUUGAGCCCCAGCUAAUUGGAAAGUCUAUAUUAAAGGCCGCUUGUUUGAUUUAUAUAGGACCCUUAGAUCAGCGUUACAGACAGAAUGGUGGCUACCUGGCAACAACUUAA